AUGGAAUUCUCCCAAGAAGUAAUAGACUUCUCUCAAGAAAUAGUGAAUUUACUUCAAGAAUUAAUGGACUUCUCUCAAGAGUCAGUAGAAAUAUUAUAUGAUGAAAUCCAUAAGGGACAAGAUUUGCAUCAACUUUCAUUGGAUAUCAACAUUUUUGCCUCUGUAAAUUGCUGGUUUACUGAUGAUUGUCAUGAAGAAAUUCGUCAUUUGGUAGUAAAUGAUUGGUGUGACCUGAUGACAAUACAGUCUCUUUUAUCUGCUAAAUACCCUGAUCAGCUUUUUUUAACACAAGAUUUGGCUAAUGUUGUGGCUCAAUUCCAACAUGAAUAUCAGAUGAAGGGAAUAAAGGAAGCAAUAUGUCAACACAUUGAGCAUAAAAAUCUCAAUCAAUAUUUUAAUUUGUGGACUCAAGAUCAAAUUAAUUAUAAUGAUAACAUUGUUUUACA